UGAAAAUCGCGGUCACACUCACCAAAUAUUUCAUGACUCGAAUAGCACACCAUACAACAGAGGUCCUAUUACAUUAUUUGCAUGUAACGUGUGUUGUAUUUUAUCAAAAUGGCCUCUGGUUCUACUCGGAAUUUAGCGGAGUUUGUGAGAGAUGGAAUGAGCACGCUUGUGUUUGCUUUUGGUUACAAGGUUGGGAUAAUUGACGCCUUCAUCGAAAUCAAACAUCCAUGUACUGCAGAGGAACUCAGCCAAAAAUCAGGAAAAAAGUUAAGGUACAUUCAAGAAUGGCUUAGCUGCAUGAUCGCUGCUGGAAUUGUCAAUCUUCACGAUGACAAAUAUUCCCUUCCGUUCGGGGAACCCCAGUUGAGACUUUGGGGCAGUGUUUCCAAAUUGCUUCCAAUAUUUAGUGAGAUGUUUCCCAAGCUCGAGGAAGUCUUUUCAGAAAAUGGACCAAGGGGCUAUGGAUACUAUGAGCCAUUUCUUGCCUGGCUGGAUGCACAUCGCACACCAGAAUUUCUUCGCCAGUGGAACCAUGAUCUUCUGAUUCCUGCAUUAAACCUUAAAAAAGGAACCAACUUUACACUGUUAGAUAUCGUUUGUGGUUAUGGUAAGCAUACAAGAGAAGUGGCUAAUAUGUUCCCUAACUGUAUGUUUUACGGUAUCGACUCGGAUAAAAUCUCCAUAGAUCAAGCAAUAAAAGAACUACAAGAAAGCGGUCAAAAGAACAUCAUCUACAGCCAUAUGAAAGGAGGACAACUCCCAGAGGAUUGGGCUGAAAAAUUUGAUUUCGUCCUAAUGAACGAUUUACUUCAUGAUUCACACGACGGCGAUGGAAUUCUCAAAGAAACGAAGCGAGUCCUCAAACCAGAUGGCUACGGAAUGGCGUAUGACCCUCCUGUCAGUUCAUAUCCAGAAAAACAAGUCAAAAAUAUAACAGCCCAGUUUUACCUUCCCUUUAGCCUUUUUAGUUGUCUUCCUGUCAGUUUAUCGGAUAAUGUUGGAGAAGGACGUGGUAUUGGCUGGGGAUACGAACGCAAAAAGCAGGAAAUAGAAAAACACGGGUUUCGAGUUAUCAAAGUUGGCAAACAGAGUAUUGAUACAGUGCAAGAAGGCAUGGUUUUUAUGAAAGCGAAUUAAUAUUAAAUCAUUUUUGAAGAACAGUUUUUUCUGUACUUAAAGUCAACCCGACCCAAAUUCAUCUCGGGUCUUUUUAUUGUAUUUAAUCAUGCUAAUAGAUAAAAUGAACAAGACCAAGAAAAGAAUAAUUGUGUUUCAAAAGGAAAAAUAUUUGAAAUUAUGAACUCAUAACAUCAUUUAUCAUGUAUACUUUUUGAUUAAUUAUAUAAUCUACCCGGUACAUUUUGUGAAUUGACUAACA